AUGGCGGACCAACAAAAUGCUGGUUUAGGCAAAAACGCAUAUGUAACGCUCCUCACCCGACCCAGCUACCUCGCCGGCGCAAUCCUCCUAGCCUACACACUCAACAAACACUCGCCAAACACCCCACUCAUAAUAACCUACACACCCGAGACGCUCCUAGAAACCUCAAUCAACGCCUUCAAAGCCGAAGCCGCGCACUCAAACAUCAUCCUCCACCCCGUAGAACACCUUCGCCUCCCCGAAGAUGGAACGGAAUCCGGCAUGGUCGCCGAGCGCUUCAUCGACACCUGGACCAAGCUCCGUGUCUUCGAUCUCUGGGAUAUGUCUCAAAAAUUCGAACGAAUCUGCUGGCUAGACGCCGACAUGAUGAUCUUUUCCAAUCCCUCCCCUCUAAUCUUCAAUGAAGAAAACGACGUCUACCUCAAGGGCGGAGACGGAAUGAGAACAAUGGCCGUACACACCUGCGUAUGCAACCUCGACCACGACUCCUGGGCCCCCGCCGAAUGGAACCCAAACAACUGUGCCAUGGCCAAACUAACCUCCUCGGACCAACUAGCAGAAGUGCACCCGGAACCGUACACCUUAUCCAACUUCAACUCCGGAACUUUCUUAUAUCGCCCGAGCAAAGCUCUCUCGGACUUUGUUUUACGCAAAUUUGAGGAACUGGGCAACACCAAACUCCGCGCUAUGAAAUUCCCCGACCAAGAUUUCCUAAACGAAGCGUUCGACGGCCGCUGGUCGACCUUGUCCUGGAAAACAAACGCGUUGAAGACGUGGAGGUACUGGCAUACUAAUAUCUGGGUGGACGAUCAAGUCGCUGUUUUACACUACAUUGUCGAUAAACCGUGGGCUGCGCGUGUCAAACCUGAUGGCACGGCGGGGUAUCUAGGAAAAGACGGGGAGACGCAUCGAUGGUGGUGGGAUGAGUAUGCAAACUGGCAUGCGGAGCGUACAGGGCAGAAAGAACAAGAGCUGUUGGAUAUCGUGGGGAAGUAUGCGGCGAGGGAGGAUGGAGAGGAGAAUGAGGAGAUGAGGGCUAUUGGGGUGGAGCGCAGGACUUUGCGAAGAAAUGGCCUGCGAAGGGUACGGAAAGUGGCGAAGGCGGUGGUGGUGGUGGUGGUGGUGGUGGCAAUGAGCCGAAGUUGA